ACAAAUGCAUUUCAAUAUAAUUAUAGUUUAUAUAAAGCCACGGAAAUAAUUAAGAGAAUUUCUGAAUUAUUAAUGUUUCAUUCUGUGAACUAUACUAACAAUUCCUUUACCAAAUUUUGAAUACAAAUAUUUAUGCAUUUAUUUUAAGAAACUGAAAACUGGACAAACAGGUGAAAAGAACAGAAUAGGUGCUCUGGAUUUUUUUCAGAUCUCAAAUACUGCAAAGAAAACAAGUUCAGAUUCACUUUUAAGCAGCACAACAGUCAUAUUUCUACAUGUGUUUAGGAAAAGUUCAACAAAAUACAUUUUUAGCACCGUUUUCGUGCGUCUUGUCACGCUGUCAGUCUUUCACAUUGCUGUUGGAUGACUUUAUGUCACUCCUGAGGUUUGAUUUUGUUGAAAUACAACACAGAAACAUGCGUAAUGGUCUCUUACAUGUUUUCCCACGGCUGUAUCUAAUACAUGAGUCCAUAUUAAAAACUGCUUUGAAACGUGAUAAUUAUCUAUAAAUAUAUUCAUGUAAAAGACAACUUUUUUAAAUCUCACAAAUGUUAAGAUAAUUGACCUUUGGUCUUCUGAAAAAAAUCAGGUACACAAUCAGGUUUGAACAUGGCACGUUUAGGGUGAGUUGAUAAGAAUCUCGUGCAUGAAAUUGUAAUGCAAUCUCAGUUAGCACAUAUAGGCUAUAGAACUAUGAGUGUCGUCCGAAUGCAAGCGUUUAAAUAGGACAAACAUAAAUAGACGCAGUCAUCUCUCCGUCGUGGCCAGAACUUACCGGCCCUUCAAAAUGCAAUACAAUGAUGUACUCAAACACACACGCACGGCGCUUAAUGCGGUGAUGCAACUCAAGACCGAGGCAAAAUAACAUCAAGUCAUGCGUGAACACAGAUGCCAGAAGACUCCUGAAAUAACAGUCCAUAUUCUAUAAACUACAUCCCUGCUGAAAAACCCCCACUGAAAUGAAACAGAAAACGCACACUACUUCAAAUCAUUCUGAAUUGGGUUGAUUCUUCAUGGCAGAAUGUUUCAUUGAAAUGAUAAUUGCAUUUUUAUCAUCUCACUGCGGUAUAUGGAUGCGUUGUUCUUUUCCGUUCGAGGGUUUGUAAACAAAACGACAGAUGACACAUGUGAUUGAAAGAGCACUCGCUCUCUCUCUCUCUGUCCCCAAGAGACACUGUUCGGCUGUGCGUAACGGCUCGUUUAAACCAUGUGUUUCAGCGUCAUCGCAAAAUAAUGUUCUCAGUAUCAAUGUUCUUAUAACUGAACCAUAUUUAUUUGAGUGUUGUUGUUUAUUGCUAUGUGCCUUCAUAAGCACGCUGAACGCUUUCUUUGAACGGUUCGAACGCACCGAGUCUCGCGUGAAUCCUUUCUCUGCUUUCACUCUCCAGCGCGCGCGCAAGUGUUUUCCAGACUGACGGGAGGAGCUUUGGAUUAGAAUGCACAGUUUUAUCCGAAGCGUGUCAGUGUAACGGCAAAGUAAACCAUCAUGGAUGUACGCGGGGCGCUUUGGAAUUUAACUCCACUGGUCUUUUCGACGUGAAUGCUGAAUGGCUCGGACAUGGAGAUAGCUUUGGUGAGUUUUGACAAGAGAGGGGACGGAGGAGGUGAUGGAGAAACCAACCAAAACCAAAAUUCCCUGGACCAUCCGCGCUCGCUUCGAACGGCACCCAACAACGCGAGCCUGUGGAAAAUCAACGACAUGAACAACACGACGGGCUCCACGGAGAACACGGUGGAUUAUUACAGUCCCCAUCUGUUCGACGAGGACGUCCUCCACGUGGACAUCGACCACGAGAGCAACGAGCGAGUUCUCAUCAACAUCGCCGGACUGAGGUUCGAGACGCAACUGGGCACGCUCAACCAGUUUCCCGACACUCUACUUGGAGAUCCCGACAAGAGGAUCAAGUAUUUCGACCCCCUCAGGAACGAGUAUUUCUUCGACCGCAACCGGCCGAGUUUUGACGGGAUUCUUUAUUUCUACCAGUCGGGCGGCAAGAUCCGUCGACCUGUCAACGUGUCGAUCGACGUGUUCGCGGACGAGGUCCGCUUUUAUCAGCUGGGCGAAGACGCGAUGGACCGCUUCCGCGAGGACGAGGGCUUCAUCAAAGAGGAGGAGAAGCCGUUGCCUCAAAACGAGUUUCAGAAGCAAGUGUGGCUCAUCUUCGAGUACCCCGAAAGCUCGGGUCCCGCCCGCGGCAUCGCGAUCGUGUCCGUGAUCGUCAUCACCAUAUCCAUCAUCACUUUCUGUCUGGAAACUUUGCCGGAGUUUCGCGACGAGCGCGAGCUGGCCGUGGCGAGCCGCGCGAUCAACGGCACGCAGGAGCGCCCGUCGCUCACCUUCAGCGACCCGUUCUUCAUCAUCGAAACCACGUGCGUGAUCUGGUUCACCUUCGAGCUCUUCGUGCGCUUCUUCGCGUGUCCCAGCAAGUCGGAGUUUUCCAAGACCGUCAUGAACAUAAUCGACAUCAUGUCCAUCAUGCCCUACUUCAUCACGCUGGGCACGGAGCUCGUGGAGCAGCAGGGUCAGGAGCACAACAACGGGCAGCAGGCCAUGUCUCUGGCCAUCCUGAGGGUCAUCCGCCUGGUGCGGGUGUUCCGCAUCUUCAAGCUCUCCAGACACUCCAAGGGUCUCCAGAUCCUGGGCAAGACCCUGCAGGCGAGCAUGCGGGAGCUCGGGCUCCUCAUCUUCUUUCUGUUCAUCGGGGUCAUCUUGUUCUCCAGCGCCGUCUUCUUCGCCGAGGCCGACGAACCCGAGUCGCACUUCUCCAGCAUCCCGGAUGCCUUCUGGUGGGCUGUGGUCACCAUGACGACCGUCGGCUACGGAGACAUGAGGCCGGUGACCGUGGGGGGGAAGAUCGUGGGCUCCCUCUGCGCCAUCGCGGGCGUGCUGACCAUCGCGCUCCCGGUGCCCGUCAUCGUGUCCAACUUUAACUAUUUCUACCACCGGGAAACGGACCAGGACCAAGCGUCUCUCAGGGACGAGCCAGACGGCGGGGCGUGCGAGGAACACCCCGCGCUGAGCAAACCGUCCCUCGGCUCGAAAGACGGAGAACGCGACGCGGACGCGAGCGCGCCCGCGGAGAAGACUGACAUCAAAGCAAACAGCAGGAUGGACAUCAAACGCUCCCUUUACGCAUUUUGCUUGGACACAAGAGAAACAGAUCUUUAGGCUUCUGAAUGAUCUCCAUCAGCGGAUGCAGACGUUAAUGCGCACGCAAUCAAUCCUGGAAAGUUGUUUUUCUGAAGCGCAUUUUAAUCCUUUGAUCUCUUCAUCAUCAGCAGCUUUCCCAAACGUUACAGUGUCACGUUUGAAAGACGUGCUAUAUGCAAACACGAUUGAUUAAAACAUGUACAAACAGUAUAUGAACUCUUAGAAAGUUACAUUUUUAACUAACUGUAUAACAAGCCUUAAGUCCUCUUAAAUCCAGCCCUUUACUCUAGUAUGCGAAACGCCAAACUGAUGUUUUAAUGCUUUUUAAGAGCCACGUUUCCCUAAAUGAUCUGUUUGGUGUUAAACAUUUAGGAUCUCAUUCAAUAACAAUGUCGUUGCUGGUCUAAAACACAGUUGAUGUGAGUUUCGUCGGUAUGUUAUAUCAUUAUUUAUUCACUACUCUUUGAAACAACGAUUCACGGAUCUGACUGGUACAUGAAAAGGGCCAUUUAAAGAAGACUUUGCGAUUCAAGACUGAUGGAUGGGAUGGAGACGCCACAACAGAUGAUGAUGGUCAUACAGAAAACUUCGUCCGCUCUCAAAUAAGAUCCCAGAAGAAGAGCCACGACCAUGAACACGUCUGCAGAAAUCUGUGCCUUCACAUCAAGCCCUCUGAAUCAUUUGCAGCACGUCUGCGACCAAAUUGAAAGAUUCUGACAGCCAGCUAUGGACUGAACCGGCAACUUUUAAAGGUGCAUGUAAAGCCAUGGAGUCCAGAAGAUAUAUCGGUUUAUUUCCUACAACAAAUCCACAAUGUGCAAUAUUUGUCUAUUUUAGUGUGAAGUUCGUGUGGAAGUAUGUUGGACGCUUGUGUUGAGUUGGGUCGGGUUAUUUUUGUAAAGCUUUUCCACGUCCAUUUUCCUAAUGCAUUCAUCUCUAAAUACAAGUUCAUUUUAAGGACAUCUAGAGAUAAAAGACUGUUGGGAACAGAAACGCCACUUUUUAAAAAGGGGAAAGCCAUAUACCGCGCACCUACAACAUUGAUGAUGUUUGCUGAAACUGUUUGUGACACUGUCAUGUGUGCCCUAGAUUAUUUUUGCUCUGUAUUUAAAUGACUCACUUGAUGUCUACUUAUAUUUAUUUUUCAUCAAAAUAGGCGUAAAUAUCUCAAAAACACUUUCUGGACCCACCGUUUCGCAGGAAAUUAUUAGAAAAUCUAAAAAAGAUCUGCUUUUGUGAAAAGUAGGGAUGGAUUUAAAAAUGCACAUGAAAAUUGAUGAAGGUCGGCAAUAUUCCACAUUUCUGAACAAUAAAGUCAUAAGAAAUACAGUUUUUGUCAAUCGUGCUAGACUUUUAGGUUUACCUAUUAAUGCAUCAUUAACAUAUUUAAAAUGUGUUUUUUCCC